ACCAUGCGUGAGAGAAUAGCUGAAGGAAGCCCUGCUAUCAAUCCAGAGCCUGAACCAUCACCUGGUGCAGUGGCACCACCUAUGGAGAUAGAUACUGCUAUAGCUUCUUCAUCUACCGGAUCUUUGGAAGAAAGAAGCCAAGGCUGUUGGGAUACUGACUUGGAUUUAGUGAUGGAAAUUAUAGAGAAUGACCUUUCAGAUCAACGUCAACACAUUCAGUGGGAAAAUGAUCUCCUCCAACCAUUUCAGAUGAAAGAUAUUCCAGAUCUUUGUCAUCAUCAGGUGAAUGCACUUAUUCAAGACAUGUUUGAAGAUCCAACUGAGAUUGACGUCAGAAGUCAUGCCAUUGGGAUUCCAACUAAUCAAGUUGUAACAAACACAACAACUACAAUCACCUGUGUGCGAAGCCCAAGGAGAAACAUACGUGUGUACCGGCGGAACCGGCCAAAGUACUACCUUCUGUACAAAAUAGUCAAUAAAACACCAAAGUAAGAGAGUCCAUCAAGAGACUUCUAGAUAGUAUCAUUCACAAAACAUCCACAACAGUAACAUCACGAGACUUCUAGAUAGUAUCAUCCACAACAGUAACAUCAAGUGACUUCUAGAUAGUAUCAUCCACAACAGUAACAUCAAGUGACUUCUAGAUAGUAUCAUCCACAACAGUAACAUCAAGUGACUUCUAGAUAGUAUCAUCCACAACAGUAACAUCAAGUGACUUCUAGAUAGUAUCAUCUACAACAGUAACAUCAAGUGACUUCUAGUUAAUAUCAUCCAAUAAAUUCAACUUCUAAUCUGCUAAAUUAAAUAAAUAAAUAAAUUUAUUUUUUUUCUCCUGAAAAAUCAUGGUUAUUUUCUGUUAAUAGUCCAAUAAAAAUAGCCAAGAUUAGAAGAAACAUACCAGAAGUGACAGGUGGGGGGUGAGCUACAAAUAUGUUCAAAGGUUUUUUUUAAUAUAUUUGGGAAAUAUUGUAAAACUGUACCUUUGAACCCCCUCCUUAGCUCACCCCCCACCACUGAGGACUUUAAAUAUAUUUAUUAGGACCCUUUACUUAAAAUUGUACCCAUAGACGUACCAAUUUUCAACACUAUCAGAAUUUUUUCUCCUAACUGCUGUUUCAAUUACUUAUUUGUUGGACUAAAUAAACACUUUCUGUAUGUAAAUAAAUACUGUGUGAGUGGUUUAAUAUAAUUUUUUUAUACAUUCUAUGUUUUUAAAGAAAAUAAUUAGUUUUUAAAUAAUUAAAGGUAAUUCUUGUUUCUCCUUAGAGUCUGAUAAAAAAGUUCAUUGAUGAUACAAUUUAGUAAGCCAAAAUUGUAAUUACAUUUACAAUUUCAAUCUGGUAGAUUACUAACCCCUUCACGGUUUUUUUACGUAAUAUUACCUUCUAGUGAUUGUGUAAUAGUGUGCUACUGAGGUAAUAUUAUGUACCAUCAUAUUGUUCCUGAUUCAUUCUAUUGUCUGCCAUAAUAUUGUGUAAGAAGCAUUUCUAUGAAAACUACAGAUCAAGCAAGUAUUUCUGGCAUUUUAUAGUAGAUGUCAGCACUUCCUUGCGUCCUCUGUCAUGAGUGCCUGCACCUUGAGCAGACACAUCCUGGAGUAUUUUAUGGUUUUAUUUCUGGUGCCUAUUGUACCAUACAUACAAAUAGACGAUUGGUUUUGUUUCAGUGAUGAUGACACAAACACAUAUAGUGAAAAUGACCAAGCAGACAAUAUAUAAAAAAUAACAACAAUUUAAAAAGACACUAAAAAUAACCUUAUGUAUAUGUAUAUGUCUAAAAACCUAUCUCUGUAAAAAAAUCAAAACAUUCAGUAAAACAACAUAGUUUAAGGUAUAAAAAGAAAACCGUUAAGGGGUUAAACUUUCUCUACAAUAUCUGUUGAAGAAGUCUCUGUAAGUUUCUUCCAUUUAAAUGUUUUGGCUGUAAUUUGUAGACUGUUAUUUUAUUAAAAGAAGUUUUAUAUAUAGUGUAUUAUAUGUUUCUUUAUAUGAAUUCAUUACAAUUUUAUUAUUAUAUGUUUCUUUAUAAACUAGUAUUCCAUACCUUGUAUAACCUUUUAUAUGAAUUCAUUACAAUGUUAUUAUUAUAAUAUUGUUUCUUUAUACGUGUUUAUAUGAAUUCAUUACAAUUUUAUUAUUAUAUGUUUCUUUAUAAACUAUUAUUCCAUACCUUGUAUAACCUUUUAUAUGAAUUCAUUACAAUGUUAUUAUUAUAUGUUUCUUUAUACGCGUUUAUAUGAGUUCAUUACAAUUUUAUUAUUAUAUGUUUCUUUAUAAACUAUUAUUCCUUACUUUGUAUACGAUUUUUUAUCAGUUCAUUAAAAUGUUUUAUAUUGCU